AUGGCGAUUUCGUCUCCGGGUAGCUACCGAUUUCGUCUCAAGGGAGCUGGCGAUUUCUUCUCAGGGGAGCUGGCGAUUUCGUCUCAGGGGAGUUGCCUCGAGGUUUUCGCGUCAGCCUUUCUAGGCACGGCAUUUCGUCAUUGGCUCCUCACCAUGGCGGCCCGCCGAAUCCCGGCUACCGUCGCCGCACUUGCCGCCGCAACUGCCGCUGGAUUCGCGUCCGCUAUCGCCGUUCUCGUCCUCUCCCGGCCGCUCCACUCGCUUCCCGCCAUCCUCCAUGCCUUUCUCCUCCGCAUCCUGCGCCGAAUCACACGCACCCUCCUCCCUACUUGCGGUGGCUUUAACCUCCUCCAUAGAACGCGAUCCGUCCUUUCGUCUAUCGAGGCGCCUCCAGUCUCGUCGCUCCCCUCGUCGCCCAAUCAAAAUGCACCGCCCACAUCUCAAUGCCGAGCGGACGGCUGCGAUUUUCUCCUCGCCGCUGCUCCCCUCGAUAUUGACGGCUCUGGAAAUCCCCCCGCAGCAGAUGCGACUGGCCUUGCGACCAACCGUGCGACCCUUGCGACUGGUCCGGAGGCGGCGUCGCACAAUCUCUACGGGCCAAGAGCUGCGAUCGACCGGCGUGAAAGCCACGACGCUUCGCGGAAAGGGCGCGACGCGCGCGAUGGGCUGGUGGCGGCGAUCGGCAACACGCCGCUGAUCCGCAUCGCGAGUCUGUCCGCCGCCACGGGCUGCGAGAUCUACGGCAAGGCGGAGUUUGUGAACCCGGGCGGCAGCGUUAAGGACCGCGUGGCGCUUCGGAUCGUGCAGGAGGUAAGUCCCAUCGAGAUCUACGGCAGGGCGGAAUCUGUCAAUCCGGGCGGCAGCGUCAAGGACCGAGUGGGGCUGAGGAUUGUGCAAGAGAGUGCCUUGUCUUUUCCUAUCCCCAUCGCCGCGGUUUUUUUCCCCUUUUCCCUCGCCAGGCGCUCGAGUCCGGCAGCUGAAGGCCGGAGGGCUGAUAACGGAGGGCUUCUCAAUCCGGACUUUCCCUCUGCUUCCUUCUCCUUUCUUUCUCCUUCAAUACCCUCUUCCUCCGCCCUUCUUCUCUCCCCUCGCCAGGCGCUCGAGUCGGGGCAGCUGAAACCGGGGGGGCUGAUAACAGAGGGCAGUGCGGGCAGCACAGGUGUCGCGCUCGCAUUGGUCGCCGCGGCGUUUGGCUGCCGCUGCUUUGUGGCCAUGCCAGAUGACGCUGCUGUGGAGAAGGCCGAGGCAAUGAGAGCACUGGGAGCUGAGGUUGCUCGUGUGCGUCCUUUUGAGAAUCUGGCCAACUACCGGGCGCACUACUGUGGCACGGGGCCUGAGAUCUGGAGGCAGAUGGGCGGCGCAGUAGAUGCCUUUGUUGCCGCUGCUGGCACUGGAGGGACCAUUGCUGGGAUCUCCUGCUAUUUGAAGGAGCAAAAUCCUUCAGUGAAGGUCUACUUGAUCGACCCACCUGGGUCGAGUCUCUUCCACAAGGUCACCCGGGGAGUGCUGUACACGCGGCAGGAGGCGGAGGGGAAGAGGCUGUGCAACCCAUUCGAUACAAUCACAGAGGGCAUUGGUAUCAACCGGCUGACGGCUAACUUCAAUGCUGCGCGGAUCGAUGGAGCGUUCAGAGGGACGGACAGGGAGGCCGUUGAGAUGGCGCGCUUCCUGCUGCGCAACGAUGGGCUCUUCAUCGGGUCCUCCUCUGCCAUGAACUGUGUGGGCGCCAUGAGGGUGGCAGAGAGGCUUGGUCCCGGGCACACCAUUGUGACCAUGCUGUGUGACAGUGGCUUCCGGCACCUGAGCAAGUUCCAUAAUGAGGGCAUCGUGACCAUGCUGUGUGACUGUGGCUUCCGGCACCUCAGCAAGUUCCACAACGAGGGGUAUUCGAGGGGCCAAGGGCUCUUGCCUUCUGCGACAGGGCUUGAGUUUCUGAAAGAUUUGCGGAGCAGGGGUGAUGGUGUGACCCCGUUGUACGACGUUGGAGAGUAUCUUGUAACGGGGGGGGGCCAAAUAAUAAUAAUAAUAAUAAUAAUAAUAAUAAUAAUAAUAAUAAUAAUAAUAAUAAUAAUAAUAAUAAUAAUAAUAAUAAUAAUAAUAAUAAUAAUAAUAAUAAUAAUAAUAAUAAUAAUAAUAAUAAUAAUAAUAAUAAUAAUAAUAAUAAUAAUAAUAAUAAUAAUAAUAAUAAUAAUAAUAAUAAUAAUAAUAAUAAAUACGGAGAGCAUUGUGGUCAGUGAGUGUACUGCGUAG